GUCACUAUCUUUCCAUUUCGAUCACGCAUACGGGAGUAAAGUAAACUCGUACUUAUAGAGACGAGGGCUUGCAAUGUGGGAGAAACUUCUCUCUCAUUGCGGCUGCUAGCUCUCCUUGUUCAAGAUUUCCGACGCCUUCAAUACUAAAACUUCAAUCUUGUUUCAAGAAUCUCUCCUUUUCACGAUUGUUUCCAAUCCCAUUACACCUAAUUUCCCUGAUUCAGGACGAUAAAUUGCGCAUCCCCGCACGAAACGGACGUGAAGCCAUGCUCCCUUCUGCCAAUUUGCAGUAAUUCAUAUGUAUUUUCUCACCAAGUUAUUUAUCUGAUCCAUUUUUUCUAGAACCAGUCAAGAGUUGAAUCGCUUGAAUUUAUGGGGGAAGCUCCAGCUUUUCUUGUAGAGGAUCUCAAGAGUAAUUUAACCAACAGUUUUCACUUGAAGUCGAAGGGGUGUGAAACUGCUGUUGAUAUUGGUUGUAAUAGAACGUAUGUCAUUGGUGACCCUAAGUGCGAAUCUUUGGCUGUUCGUGUUUUUGAUAAGUCGACUAAUGAAUGGUUGUUCCCCAUUGUGUUGGGAACAAAACCUAAGGCGUCAAGGGGCCACUCAGCUGUUCUCUUAGAUCAGGAUCGAGUUCUGGUCAUUAGGGGGGACACAUCUUCUGAGGAUGGCUUUUGGUUUCUAGAGGUGAAUACUGCGUUUGUGAGAGAACAUAAGGCGAGAUUGGGGACUGAGGUGGUUGCAUGGAGUAAAGGAGUGAUUGGCGAAGCUGAAAAACCUAUUGUCAUCAGCGGUCCUUCCGGUGUUGGUAAGGGUACGCUCAUUGCCAAACUGAUGGAAGAAUUUCCAUCGAUGUUUGGGUUCUCAGUAAGCCACACCACUCGUGCUCCAAGGAAUAAUGAGCAGAAUGGCGUCCACUACCAUUUCAGGGAGCGUGGUGCCAUGGAGAAAGACAUAGAUGGUGGGAAAUUCCUCGAGUUUGCAGCUGUCCAUGGGAACCUAUACGGAACCAGUGUAGAAGCUGUUGAUGUCGUUGCUGAGAAAGGAAAGAGAUGCAUCCUAGACAUUGAUGUUCAAGGGGCAAGAUCCGUGAGAGCUAGCUCUCUGGAAGCCAUUUUUAUCUUUAUCUGUCCUCCCUCGUUUGAGGAGCUAGAGAAACGCCUUCGUGCAAGGGGGACUGAGGUUGAGGAACAGAUCCAAAAACGACUCAGGAAUGCUAAGGCGGAACUCGAGCAGGGAGCAUCACCUGGCCUCUUUGAUCAUAUAUUAUCAGCUCGUAUUGAUUGUUGGUUUUGUGUGUGUGAUCCGAUAUUAGAGUUGGUCCAUGUUCCUGUAAUUGGGGAGAAGAUAGUGAUGAAGUGCGGUGCAGCAGAGCAGGAAACGUAAUUCGAGUUGCUUGCAGCUGCGAUGGUGGUUUCAGUGUUGCGAUUUUUCUGACUCCAUGGCUCGGUUUGUGCUGGAUUUGGGUUCGAUCAGGGGCGGGGCGCCUGGGAGGACAAGGGGCCUAACCUAAGGAUUGGUGCAGCGGAAGAGCUAGGGUUUCUUGUCUAACAAUUGUUGUUUAUCUUUUUCAGCACAUUUGUUUUAGUGAAAGCUGAGGAAUUUCUUCUAAUUUGUUUAAUCGUGUCAAGUUUAUGGGUAAGCUUAAUGUUAAAGUUAAUUUGACGUUUUGAAUAA